CCACCAGCACAACCCUCUCCUCGCGACCCCCCAACCGAUGGCUCUUACUCGCGCCUCCGUCGCCGCUGGGCGCAUGCAGGCCGCCUCGCGGUGUCCGUUCAUGCAUGCGCUUCCCACGGCCCGCGCCGCUCUGCUGCCUAACAUCUCGCAGCUGGCCAAAAUGUGCCCGCACAUGUCUUCGGUCAUGGGCGCGGCGGCUGCUGGCGGCUCCAAGGGCUCGCAGGCCCACGCGACGUCCACCACGUCGGAUGCCACUCUUAAGCGCAUCUCUGAACUCAAGAAGAAGGCACUGCAGCAGAAGGCCACGCAGCUUGGUGGCCCCAAGCCGUACUCGUCGGCUAUCGCACGAUUCCCCACAGCCCCUACCCGUCAGACACGUGUCGGCGGCAUGUCAGCCUCGCAGUACGAGAAUGGCUUCGCACAGACUAUCGACACUAUCAAACGUGAGGGACGGUACCGUCUAUUCGCCGACCUGGAGCGCAAGCGCGGCAAGUUCCCACGGGCCACACACCACGAAGACUCCGGUAACACCAAGGAGGUUGUGGCCUGGUGCUCAAAUGACUAUUUGAGUAUGGGCCAGCAUCCUAAGGUGAUCUCAGCCAUGGAAGAGUAUCUAAUGAAGUCCGGGGCUGGCUCGGGCGGUACUCGUAACAUCUCGGGUACCAACCACAACCACGUUCUACUGGAAAAAGACCUGGCCGACCUGCACCAACAGGAGUCUGCACUUCUCUUUACCUCCUGCUACGUGGCCAACGACAGUGUGAUCAGUACACUCACCAAAAUCUUCCCAGACAUUGUCAUGUUUUCCGACAGUCUGAACCACGCCUCCAUGAUCCAGGGCAUCCGUCACAGUGGCGCGAAGAAGUUCAUCUACAAGCACAACGAUAUGAAGGAUCUAGAGGAGAAGCUCAAACUCGCCGACCCUAACGCCCCCAAACUUAUUCUCUUUGAGAGUGUCAACUCUAUGGAGGGAACUGUGGCGCCUCUCCACGAGAUCUGCGACCUGGCUGACAAGUACGGGGCCAUGACCUUUAACGACGAGGUGCACGCCGUGGGCCUGUACGGCCACCGCGGCGCUGGCGUCGCUGAGCGCGACCACUGCCUCGACCGCAUAACCAUGGUUACGGGUACCCUCGCGAAGGGUUACGGUAUCAUGGGAGGUUACGUUGCGGGCAAUGCCGCAUUGGUGGACGCCAUGCGCUCCUGCGCCUCGGGCUUCAUCUUUAGCUCGUCGAUGCCUCCCAUGCUCGCUGCCGGGGCUCGUGCCUCGGUUAACCACUUGAAGGAGAGUCAGGUGGAGCGCGCGACGAUGCACGCUCGCUCCCAGGAGCUCAAGAACAAGCUGGUGGACGCAGGUUUCCCUCUCUUACCGAGUGUGAGCCACAUCAUCCCGGUAAUGGUUGGAGACGCUGUGAAGGUGAAGGAGGCCUCGCGUAUCCUCAUGGAGAAGCACCGUAUCUAUGUGCAGCCUAUUAACUUCCCCACGGUGCCUCGUGGCGAGGAGCGUCUCCGUCUGACGCCCCUACCGACCCACUCGGAUGCUAUGGUGGAGGACCUCAUGACUGCUCUGGAGGAUGUAUGGACUACCCUCGACCUACCACGUCACUUUGUGCCGAAGGGCGAGUACCUGCCCAAGGUGGAGUGGGCCAACUCGCCUCUGGAGAUCGCGGGGGAGUUCGUGGUCGAGUCGGCCCAGGAGGCUGCCUGCGCUGCCUAAGUGCACCGUGCGGUAAGCCUCACACUCCCAAUGGUGUAAGAAGCCGAUGGCCGCUGCCGCGUAUCAAAACUCACACAAAAGUCUAUGCGUAACCACACUAGGAUGACAAAA